AUGGAGAAACUUGUUUCAAAUUGGUCAAAUAUCCAAUCUGUGCCUGAGAACUACAUAUUCCCACCAGAAACAAGACCAGGGGAGGAUCUCAAAAUCCCAUUCAGCCAUAGCAUCCCAAUUAUUGAUCUAAAUGAAGCACAGAAUGGUGAUAGAACAACUACAAUUCAGAAAAUUAUCAAGGCUGCUCGAGAGUUUGGAUUCUUUCAGGUUAUCAAUCAUGGAAUAUCGUUGAAUGAAAUGAAGGAAACAAUGAGUGUUUUCAAAGAGGUGUUUCAGAUGCCAGAUGAGUACAAGCAAAACAUAUAUCUUGAUGACGACUUGAAAACGUGUAAGAUAUUCACUAGCACUCUUAGAUAUGAAACAGAAAAGGUUCAUCUAUGGAGGGACAGCCUUAGACACCCAUCUCAUCCUUUGGAGCAAUGGCAACACUUAUGGCCUGAAAAUCCAACUACAUACAGAGAGUGUGUUGGGAAUUUUUCUGUUAAAAUUAAGGAUUUGGGAUCGAGGAUCUUGGAUUUGAUUUGUGAAGGACUUUAUUUGAAGUGUGGACAUUUUGAUAACGAUCUUACCGGAUCAAUGAUCGUCUCGGUUAAUCAUUAUCCACCAUGUCCUAAACCAAGUUUAACACUUGGUUUAACCAAACAUAAAGAUCCUUACCUCAUCACCAUUUUAAUGCAAGAUGGUGUAAGUGGUCUUCAAGUAUUAAAAGAUGGAAAGUGGAUAGCUGUUGAGCCUCUUCCUCAUGCAUUUGUCAUCAACAUAGGUCAUGUGUUGGAGAUAAUCAGUAAAGGUAAGCUAAUAAGUGCUGAACAUCGAGCUGUAACCAAUUCAAGUCAUACUCGCACAAGUGCUGCUUUUUUCAUAGCGCCAUCAGAUGAUUGUCUCAUUCAGCCAGCACAAGAUAUCAGUGAUGAGAAUGAUCAUCCUAUUUUAAAGUCUUUCAUAUACAAGGAGUUCCUCAAGCAAUUCUUUAACAUAGAUGGUGACACAGACCAGCUACUGAAAUCAUUUGUGGCACUAAAUAGUUAA